UCACAGAGCUGCAGCUCUGGCCGGCAGAAUCACGCGCGGCUGCAGAGCGACUCCAGCUCCAGCACACAGGUGUUUGAAUCUGUGGAUGAAGUGGAGCAGACCGAAGGAGAUGCUCAGCUGGAAGAUGGCAAACAAAGCAAGAUCCCCAACGGGACGGUUCCCAACGGCACGUGUUCCCCCGAUUCUGGCCACCCCUCUUCCCAAAACUUCUCCAUCACUUCGGGGUUCUCGGAGCGCAGCUUCAGCAACGAGGACAGCGCCUUGGAAACCAACAAAUCCGUGGCCAGCUCUCAGGGAAAGGCUGGUGGGUCUGACAUCCCAGCCUCACAGGACCCAGAUGGUGCCCAGCAAGAGGAGAAGCUGCAGGGCCAGGACAGUCUGGAAGGUGAAUUUCCCACUGCUGGAAGCAUGGACUUUGUUCCUGUGGGGGAGAGCUCGGCAAGGCUCAUGUGUGAUCGCGAUGUUGUGGCCCUGACUGUGGUAGAGAGCUGGGCAGACAGCGAAGCUGAAAAGCAAAGCUUGGUGGAGAGUGAAGAUAACCUCUCUGAGGAGCCCGAGAUGGAGAGUUUGUACCCGCAGCUGGAUUCUCUGGCUGUCACUGAUUUAACCAACAGCGAAGCGUCUGCUGUCUCCUCGACGGGUGUCACCUACUCUCCAGAGCUGCUGGACAUGUACACGGUGAACCUGCACCGCAUUGAGAAGGACGUGCAGCGAUGUGACCGCAACUACUGGUACUUCACCCCUGCCAACCUGGAGAAGCUCCGCAACAUCAUGUGCAGCUACAUCUGGCAGCACAUUGAGAUCGGCUACGUGCAGGGGAUGUGCGACCUGCUGGCCCCUCUCCUGGUCAUCCUGGAUGACGAGGCCCUGGCUUUCAGCUGUUUCACAGAGCUCAUGAAGAGGAUGAACCAGAACUUCCCCCACGGAGGAGCCAUGGACACCCACUUUGCCAACAUGAGAUCUCUCAUCCAGAUUCUGGACUCUGAGCUCUUCGAGCUGAUGCACCAGAAUGGUGAUUACACUCACUUCUACUUCUGCUACCGAUGGUUUCUCCUGGACUUCAAGAGAGAGCUGGUGUACGACGACGUGUUCGCCGUCUGGGAGACCAUCUGGGCAGCUGCGCACGUUUCCUCCGCACACUACGUGCUCUUCAUAGCCCUGGCUUUGGUGGAAAUGUACCGGGACAUCAUCUUGGAGAACAACAUGGAUUUUACAGACAUCAUCAAGUUUUUCAACGAAAUGGCUGAGCGGCACAACACCAAGCAGAUCCUGAAACUGGCUCGGGACCUUGUCUAUAAAGUCCAGACUCUGAUCGAGAACAAAUGA